AUGCCAACAGCCAAUGAUCUCACACCGAUGCAAGAUCACGGAAAAAUUGAUGAUGUUGAGACUAAAUCCCAUAGGGAUAAGAAAUAUGGAGUUGAACAGGCUCACGAAGCACCAUACUUGAUGAAGGAUGACAUAGUCCACAAGAGAUUGGAUAUAGAAGCUAUAAAUGGGAUGGCGUGCCAGUUUCAGAUCAAUAAUCCCAAUAAAGACAUAGGAGCAAGCAAGCAAACAAACCACCCUGGUUGUGGAAACCCCAAUACACUACAUGAUAAAGGAUAA